UAUUUCUCUCGUGAACUUCGAUCUAUAAAUUUUAUAAAGCGUUCACAACAAUGAAAUAAAGUAUUCGACGAAACGAGUAAAGUGAAGAUUAAAAUUGCACAAUAAAAAAUAUACAUCAAUACAUGUAUAAUAUUAUACAGAACUGUAUGUGAACUAAUCAACAAAGUUUAUUAGACAUAUUUAAAUAAAUUAAUCUUUGCGCACUAUUUGAAUUAAUCCGAUGAAAAAUAGACAUUUAUAUUUUAUAUUCUUCUUGUCUUGGCCUAAUAUAAAUUUUUUAAUGUUUUAUGCAAUCUUUUUUAAUGUCAUUUUUUAAAUUUUAAUACAUAACAUGACGAUUAAGGUUAUUGAAUUAAUAUUUUAAAUGUGGAGUUUAAUUUCCCAAGUUAUAAAUCUGUAUCUCGUAGAUAUAUGCAUGUGGCAACGGAAAAUAUAAUGGCAUACACUUGGGAACUUUUAUACGAAAACGCGUUAAAAAUUGAUGACCAAAGUUUUGAUACGGAGCUUUGUUUUUCAGGAAACCGAUGUAAAUCCGACAAGUAGAUCUGCUGUUGCAUACGAGUUGAUAGUAGUGUCCGUCCAUUGCUUACCGAAUCUACUUACAAACACAGAACAUUAAAGUUACAGUAUUCUUUCUCUUAAUUUAUUUGUAAUGUGGACAACAAAAUAAUUAUCUUGUUACAUAUAAAGUCAUGUAAUUAAAUUUAUAAUUUAUGUAAUUUUCAAAAUCAUUUAUCUCGAAUAUUUUGUACGAAAAUUGUGUUUUACAUUAUUAGUUUCCGAAAGACAUGGUUUCACCAUUCCAUGAUCAUACUGUGAACUUUGGCCUAUUUUGUACAGGAAAUAAAAUAGAAAUAAAUGUUUAAUAGAGGAUUAUUAAACAACACUAUUCUAACAAAUAAUAAAAAUUGUCUACAAAAGAUUAUUACAUUUAAUGAUUAUUUUUAGAGAAGUCUUUACGGAUUGCUUCGAUUAUAAAUAUUCAAAGUGCAUAGAACGUGACAUUUUAAAUAUAAAUGGGGGAAGGGAAAGUUUAAUGCAGUCAGUAAUAAGCCAGUAUAGACUAUACUAAUAAUUAUUGAUUCCUCUUUUAAAAUAAAAUAUAAAAGAAGAGGGUUAAUCCGCGUGACGAAAAGGAGAUCUGUACUCCUGAAAAUAAUUAGAUCAUCUACUCAAUUAAUUUUUCCCUAUAAAAGAACAUCAAGUGUCUCCUGGAACUCUUCAAAGUUUUAUUUCGUAAACUUAUCCAUUUUCCUCUUACUUUAUUUUAAGCAUACAAUUAUAAACUAUACAUGAAUAAUGAAAGAUAAGAAUGGUGGAAGAUGAAAAGGCAUCACAUAAAUAUUAUCACAGAUUAUUAUUUAUUUUAAACAUUAAUCUUGAAUAAUUACGAAGUCAAAACAAUAGACAAAACAUAAUAUCAAAAGUAUGUGCCUCUCACAUGCAAGAAACUUAACAAGAGGGAAAUUAAAGUAAAGAUUAUUUUUCAUAAUUUAUGUUAAAAGAGGAGACAUUGUGCUUUAACCAAGAAACGCAAAGGAAAAUAAAAAGAAAUCUCACGGGUUGAUUAAACAUUCUUCCAAACAACCAAUGUAAGAACAUACCAUUCUUAACGUACAGAAUUGUGCUGAAUAAUGCUGAAAGCUCUGUAAAGUCAUAAUACCCAACGUCCAGGACAACCAGACAAAGUAAAAAGAGGGCAGAAAAAUGUGGGACAUCAUAAAGCAGGAAUUUAAAUACCAAACUUUAUUGCGUGCAGCACACAACAUGAACUAAACAGAAAUAAAAUAAAGAAUUAAAUAUUCUUUUCUAGCAAUACGAUAAAAAAUAUCCGACUUUUUAAAAAACUUGAUAUAAAUAACAGAAAAGGUAUAAUAAACCGGGUAUUUUCUAUAAUUUAUGUUUUCAAACAUUUCACGACUUUGAAUGAAACAAACAUUGAACAAAUUUCAAUUUGCAAACUACCCAUUAUAAUUAGAGUUCACAAAAUAUUACAUUCACAAAAAGCAUAAGACCUAAAACAUUCAAACUCUCAAUUUGUUAAACUCCAAACGUGAAAAAAGUACAGACACGAACCAAAACGCCCAGUAAAGACACGAAAUAAUUUAGGAAGCGUCUCUCAAAGAUCGAUUCGCCAGUUCUACCCCUGGGCGUCCCAAAAAUUCCCCCAAAGAGAGAAAAAAAGAUUUAAAAAGGAACUACGCGAAUAGUAAGCUCACGAUCCGAUACCAAAAAUAUCCGCGAACACGCAAAAGCAUCCAAGGAGAAAAGAGCCGAAAAUGAAAAAUUAAAUGCGGGAAGACGAGGGGCAGCCGAGCGUUUAGGGUUGGGAAGUUGCGCGGAGGGGAAUGACAGGGAGAAAGAACGCGAGUCAGAGCGAGGCAGGAGUAGAUAAAGCGAAAAGAGGGGAGCAAGAUAGGGGUUGGAGAGAGGGAGAACGAGCGCGGAUUGAAGUAGGCAGGUAGAAAGGGAGGAGACGAAAGACCGAGGGCGAGAGAGGCAGGACAGCGAAAGGAGAGCGGGACGAGAGGAUGUUGGUUGCGAGUCGAUAAACCACGGGAAACGCGAGCACCCUUGCGCACGACUUCAACAUGGCGGUCGACCCGAUGAUCGUCGCGGCCACGCGGAUUCCGUACGCCGUGCCGUCGUCGUUGACCCGCGGCCGCUAAGUAAACCCACUUUGAACGCCGAGGAAUCACACGAAGUUCACUGUUUCCAGACGAGGAUCCGAUAUGCGGCUCAGGGUGGCUGUCAUGCGCUUUGAAUCGCCGCACCCUGGGGGACUGAACAACAAUCAGUUACGUAGAAGCGAGCAGAACCAGCCGAACGCCGAGGAGAUCGAGAAUCGGAACGAGAACUCGACGACGACCGCGGUUCCGGCGAGGAGCCCGACGUCGACAGACUACCCAGGCGAAGACACCGGGGACUUCCGGGUCGCCGAGGACACCACCACGUGGUCCUCUCUGGCCAUCACGCGCGACAACGCGCCGAUCGACGCAAGCAACAACGACCCCGGCAACUUGAACAACAACUUAUCCGUGCCGAGGAUCCGCAGAAACAGCUCCAUCGAGAGCCUCGCCGACUUCGAAGGGCGUAACUCCUCUCACGAAGACUCGUCCCACGAGUUGACACCGUCCGAGUGGUCCGACUGGUCCGAGGAAGGAAAUCUGCCCGCAGGUUGCCGCGGCAUCGUCAACCCUAACUAUCCUGGCUUUCAACACCUGGCGCCUUCUCUUCUAUCAGACACCGAUCUGACCGAAGACGAACACGAGAGCUGUCCCGAUUACACCAUACUGAACGAAAUUAACGCGAGACCGGUCGAGAACGACAACGAGUACAACAAUAACAUCGAGGACAGCAUCAACCACCUCUGCGGGCAAAAGAACCAGAGGAAAACAUUCUACGAGAAGCCGAAGUUCAACAUUCAGACCGUAACGUCUUUGUACGAGUCAGUGGUGCCGCCGUCGGAGAAGUGCAUAAACUACGUGAAGAGCGUCGAGGACUCGAGAACCGAGGAGAAGACCUUCUCGCCAGAAUCGGAGAUCGUUAACGGCGUCGUCGAGGCGGAGACGCAUCUGACCGUCUUGGAACCGGAAGAAGCGCUCGCCGACACGGUCGCCCAGACCACGCCGGAUCUGUCCGAGGCGGUUUUGAAAGAGAAACAAGAGCGCGAGGUACCAGUCGAAGUUGAAAUUGUCGAGCUGACGACCAGCGUAAAGGAGACUCCGCAGUUUCCGGAAAUCGAAGAGAUACCGGAUUCCGGAAAGACCAGCGAGGUCGGCGAGGCGGAGGAUAUCGUUGUGGAGCACAUCGAUCUAAUACGUGAGGCAAAGGAGUUGCCUCACCAGGUUCGGUCCAAAAUAGGCAACCGUCAGAACGUCACGUCGAACGGCUCUGCCGAGGACGACUCGGAGAGCAACUCGGACACGGACAGUUACCCGGAGGAGCAGCCCACCUACACCAAGCUCGAGGAAAUCGAUCUGCUCUCGAGCAUCGGCCGGGAUAUCGGGGUCGAUCUUGAAAAAUACGUGCAACCGGUGCCAGACGUGGUCGCCAUGGAGGCGCUGGAUCACAUACACGGCUGCUCGCGGUCCUCUUCCGCCAUCACCAUGAGGAAAGACGUCAUCGAGGACACCAACAAACUGUACGAUCGCGAUCUUCCGGAGGCGUCAAGCGCAGACGCCAGGAAAAAAGAGAAGAUGGUUAGGAACCAGGCGAAGAGGAGGCAACAGCAGCAACAACAACAACAGCAGCAGCAGUUGAGAAUGGCGAACAUGCAGAGGCGUCCAGACAAGAGGAGAGCGGACAUGGAUAUUGGACCAGGUGGCUUCGACGUUUACAAUAUCGAGACAGCGAUGCCAAAGAUAGACUUGGACGCGAUCGAGUCUCACCUGAGAGCCGCGCGCGAAGAGGAGCGACGGCGACGAAACGACCGUGAAGAGAUCCGAAGGAGGUUGGCGAUGGGUCCAGACGCUGACGACUUGCGCGCUGAACGCGGAAGAAAGCCGAGCCUCCAGUCGCGACUUCAAAGCGGCAUGAACCUACAGAUCUGCUUCAUGAACGACACUGCUUCCGAUACGGAAUCGCCAUGCUCGGAGAACGAUUCCUCACCUGGAACCACGCCGACCUCCCUGAACUCAAAACAACAACAACAACACAAACAACAAAUGCCAGUUAGACCUCAAGUACUCAGUCUUCCUCCAUUGAGGCUCGACACGGGUUCGAAUUCAGCUCCCAUUGAUGAGGCUGAUUUCUUCGCCAGGCAAGCAAGGUUACAGACCGAGGCGAGAAUGGCUCUAGCACAGGCCAAGGAAAUGGCGCACAUGCAGAUGGAGGUCGAGAGACAAAGGCUGAAACAAAGUCCCAUCACGGAGAUGGUGCGAUCCAGCCUUGAAAAAGUCGGCGUUCAAUUGGGCGAGGACAGACGGAGGCUGUCUCGGGUACUUCUGACAGAACUAAAUGUCGCGCAGCUGCAAGUGGUGGCAAACGACCUGCACGCUAGAAUUGCGGCUUUGAAUGAGGCCCUAGUCGAGGGAUUGCUGAGACGAGACGAUCUGCACAUGGAACAAGAUUCGAUGCUCGUUGAUAUAGAGGAUCUCACCCGAUACCUCUUCUGCUGCGUUCGCAUGCACAGAGGCACCAAGCAGGAGGCCUUGAAGAAGAAGCAGAAUGCGAGGGAACAGCAAAUGGCGAACAGAAGUCACCAGCAAACCGCGACCGCGCAGACCAAGAUGUCGUUGAAGCCGAAGCUGACGCACCGCAGUCUAGUCUCCCUGGUCAGGAAAUAAUGCGUGGCCACGAGACUGCGUGGUCUCGUCGGAAUCUAAGCGAGCAGAACGAAGGACAGCACCAAGAAGAGGCGAUGCGUAGAAUAUAGAUCUCUUUGAAGACGCGAGAAUUCGGGGACCGCAGAUUCAGGCAACUGAAGCCGGUUCUCGACGUGAACGACGCGUCGGUGUCAAUGUCGCUGGCUCUCGCUCCGAAAUGCGAUGGCAGAAAGCAAAAAGAAAAAAAGAAAGCGGCAUUUGAUGAAUUCAAUUCCGAGUAUAAAAGAACGCAAAUUUUCCAAAAGAGAAAAAAGUAGCAAUUUCUUUUCGCGCGGAGUGGAACACAAAUCUCGUUUUUCCGUUCUCCUCGCCGGUGGUCUGGCAAGAGAUAUACGUAACGCGGAUGACACGAUCGUCGCAGAGCCCUAUUUCCUUUCUCUGACACCGGUCCGAGCGGAAAUAAGGCAUUUUCCAGAGUUUCCAAAGUUUUUACAGCUUCGUCGUUAUCAAUUGAAAGUAGAAUAUACGUACGUGCAUAUAAUACAUAGCCGGACAAGUAGCAACGAGGCAAGUUCCCUUUCCCCAGAGAUCCUCGAUCAAGGCGAGUCCGUUCGUCCGAAUUGUUCGUAAGGAUGAUCCUAGAAUACUUGGUCGAUCUUCAACAAUCUCUUAGGUAAUCGUGCUAACGAAAAAUAAUCAUUAAAUGAGAUAUUUUCUUCGGAAAACGAAGGAUCAUAGAGAGAAAGGUGUUAGUUUAGUACCUAUAAUUAUUCUAGUCUCCUUUUUUUAUUUCCUGAUUAGAGGCUGAGGCUGGCAGAGACGAUUUGCAUCUACUUUCUUCCGUACGCGCAAUGAUGAACCUGAAAAUUUAAGCAAGAUAAGCUUAAAAACUUAAGCAAGAAGUGCAACUUCCGAGUCUGAAAUUUGUAACUUUAAAUAUAUCAUGGUUUACUAUUGUUAAUCUGCUGUGCAGUAAAAAUAAAUAGUAAGAAAUGUACAAAGUACUGUUCUCAGUAAUGUAUAAAUACUAACAUGCUUGCCACUUUA